CGUCAUUUCUUCCAUUGGGUGGCUGAAUGAUGGUGUCGGAGGCCAUACGGUGGCCUGUGCAGCUCAUCCUUUGGAUGCGACUGCAUUGUAAGCCGUAAAAGCCGUCCUGGCCACUUGCCGGCGGCCAGCAAAGAGCAGCAGCGUCAGCGCGGCUCUCAAAGGAUGCCAUCGGCCCUCUUCCCCGCCCUGCUAUGGCUCUUUCUUCCCAUUGCGUCAUCACGGCACCUCGACAACCCCACAGACCCGCUGCCCUCCUCCAACACGCCGCGGUUCAUUCUGUAUCGCAUCUACGGCAAUGAUCUCCCGCCGAUGCAGUCGUUCGGCCAGAACGCCGCCAACCUGGCAUUCAUUUUGGCGAGCGAGGCGGCUCUGCCGGACUGCGAGAAGCGGUGGCUGGUCAACAGGAUCGUCAUUCAGACGGAGAGGGACAAGAUCAUGGCUUUGUUUCGACAGCAUGGGGUCAGUGAGAAGGCGGUCAUUGAGCGGCGGCUCGACUGGGAAGAGGCGGCUGAUGACGGUGGCGAGAUGGUGCUGUUGGAUGUGGGCGUGGGUGAGGGGCAUCGGCACCGCGGUGUGCCUUUGGAGAAGCAUCUGCGGAUGUUCAACCACAUAGUGCAGCUAAACCAGGCGAGGAAUGUCGUCCUGCAGGAAGGCAGAGAGCUCCUAGAGGUACGUACGAACACGGAUGGAUGGAUGGAUGGAUGGAUGAUGAAUGAACGACACCCAAGGCGGAUUUUGUCUCUUUGUCAGCAUUCGUCUGGCCGGUGGGUGUUGGUGUUUGACGGCGGGCUGUUUGUCACUCUGCCCAUGUGGAAUGAGAUCGUCAAACUCGCUGACCUCGCACAACAGACAGAAGGUGGGCAGAGAGAACCAACACAUCCGUCGAUACACAGUCUCCUUUCCUCCCCCUCAAUGUGUGUCUCGUGUGUCUGUCAGGCGGCGGCUAUCCGUUUCUCCACAUCCCAAUGUAUCGACUCAACGAGCCGCAGAGCCCCGACUGGCUCAACGCACAGACCGACUUUGUGUCGGUCGAGACAAGAGUCACACCCAACGAUAACGUAAGCUAACGAUGCCUACUUACAAUCGGCGUCCAUCCACAUGUGUCUGUGUGUGUGUGCAUUUGUGUGCGUUGGUCGGUCAGCGUGGCGUGUACAGCAGCGAGCGGUUCCUGGAGGGCUCUCUGGCCUUCCACGCCGACACACACUCACUAUUCGACGUCAACAAGGGCUACAACGACCGCAGCAAAAUGGAGCUCAUUCACGAGCAAGUAAACAGAUAGCAAGGGAGAAAGGGGGCCGUCUGUGUGUGGACGGAUGUCUCCCUCUCUCUCUUUCGAAUUGGUUGCAGUCUGCAUUGCAAUGA